AUGUCCAACCCUAGAAGAACCCCGGUGACUGGCAGAUCUGAGGGCACCACUGGCCUGAGCCUUAAGACCAACUUCACCCUCCGGAAGGGUGCUACCUUUCACUCUCCUACUACACCACCCUCCAGUCCACCACAGGCUGCUGGAUUCCGGGUGCCCUCACUACCUAGACGGUCUCAGACGACUCUGGAUGAUGUGGUGGAUGCCAGUAGACGACGAAUGGAAUUGACGCUCCAACCCAUUUUGAACGCUACCAAGGCCGAGACCUCGUCGUCUCGUCCAUUCCGCGACAACAGUUUGCCUGUCCCUCAAAGCUUCCUCGAGCAGGUGGUGAUGAACGACAACAUGACCCAGGAACCGCCAGUCAUGGAUACGACGGAGAGACGGGUUCUGCGCCAGCGGCCCACUCGCUCCUCAAGGCACCAUGAUUCAGACUCGGGACUUGGAACCUCGAUUGCGUCCAAGGCAUCCAGAGCCUCCAAGUCUUCUGGGGCCGCAGCUGGCAUUACUCGAUCUGCUGCUGUUACCGGGUCAGAGAAUACUCCACGUCGCCUCAGUCAGCGCGCCGUCAAUCGCAUCCAUGAGCAUACCCUGAAACCAUUAUUGGCCAAACCUUCGUUGAAUGAAUUCCAUCCCAUCGUCCUUGAUUGUCCCAGAAGGAUCCAGGAGAACCAGAUCGUUUGUCUCAGGGACCUCGAGAAAACCCUCAUCUUUAUGGCACCAGUAAGUGAGCUUCUGAAAGAUGAUUGUGUUUGGGGAGAUACUUAUCGGAUGUUGUGCUUGAAGGAGAGGGCUAAAUCCGCCGAAUUGUACCUCGACUUCUGCCUCACAUCGAUCCGCUGCAUUCAAGCGACCGUCGAAUACUUGAGCGACCGGGAACAAACUCGACCUCACGAUCGACCGUACACCCAAGGCUAUUUUAUUGACCUCGUCGAACAGAUCCGCCAACACGCCCAGCAAAUUCAGGCCUCCCGGGAGAGACAGGCUGCAGGAGAAGAACCCGGCGAGAUGGAUGUCGAUCCAACUGACGAGGUGAAACUCAUGGGCGGCCUUUCAUCCACGGGCCGUCCUGCUGAGCUGGUCCGCGUCAAGAAGAAUGGAAAGGCCAUCUCCAUCGCUACUGGUCAAGUAGUUGAGAGCCUUGAAGAAGACACUAGUGUUCCUGUGCGAUUCAAGCGCUCUAUGAGCGAGCAGCUUGAGGACGAAGAAGAAAUCGUGCGCUCGAUGGCGCGUCGAAAGAAGAAUGCCUCACCCGAAGAGCUUGCUCCCAAAAAGUGCAAAGAACCCGGCUGCAACAAGGAGUUCAAGCGGCCUUGCGACCUGACGAAGCAUGAGAAGACCCAUUCUCGUCCUUGGAAGUGCCCCAUCUCGACCUGUAAAUACCACGAUUAUGGUUGGCCCACUGAGAAAGAGAUGGAUCGCCACGUCAACGACAAACAUUCGGCUGCGCCGCCAAUGUUUGAGUGUCUCUAUAAACCGUGCCCGUACAAGUCUAAGCGGGAUUCAAACCGUAAACAGCACAUGGAGAAGGCCCACGGUUGGACGUACGUUCGGACGAAGACCAACAAGAGCAGCGGGAAGCUUCCCACCACGGCGGAGAGCACAACUGGCAGCUCGACCAAACCUACUCCAAUGAUUCCCAACAUGCCCACGCCGAACAGUAACGACCAAAACAGCAACGACCAAAACAGCAACCACGUUAUGAUGACACCUCCGGAGGAAACCCCUUUCACAUAUGAAUAUGAGAACAAUCUGGAUUUUCCAGCUUACGUUCCGGCCGACCCAUUCAAUCCGGGUCUGUUUGACCCCACCUCUUUGGGAGACAUCCAGCUUGACCUUGACUAUUCCCCAGUGGAUAAUGGCACGCCUUCCACUGAUGCGGAACACCAGUUCAAUGCGUAUCAAGAUCUCUCCGACGUCUCCGGCCAGUUUGAGGAAGACAUCUAUGGUGCACAUGUGCAGCUGCCUCUUACACACAUGCAAUUGUCGCCCGCCAAUUCUGACUACAGCAAGUGUCCAGCUCCAGUUUUCACCGACUUCGCUACUUCCAAUGUCUGCCAAGCUUCUUGUGCUUCUCAUAUUUCCCCAGUGGGCCAGGGCAACACGAUGCUUUUCACUCCAUCUUCGAUGGCAGAUGUUGAUGAGGGCUUUGAUGAAUUCCCUGCCAAUGAGCCACUUGGCAAUGACUUUUUAUUAUUCCCUCCUGAUAUGGGCAACAAGCCGUCGGAAUUCGAGAAUCCCUUAUUUGUCACACCUAGCGCGGCGGCUGGCUUCACUCAACCUUCGUCGCAAGACUUCAACAUGGACUUCAACCAGGCCAUGGAUUGGACAAGUGAUUACAACACAUACCAACACCAGCCAUAA